AUGACAGAUGUUUAUGUGAGACAGAGAGAAAAGAAAAAGUUGUGAAUGAGAAGCAAGCAAAGGCAAAUGAACUUGUUACACUUGUAAAUUAUUUACUAAAGUACUUAAAAUAGAAAAAAUCAUACAUUAUAUUUAUUAAAUAAGAUAAAUUUAUUUCAGUGACAAUAAUUACAAACAUAAAAUUCUAAACAGUAUCUGGAAUUUUAUAGAAGCUGGUGAAGAAGUUAGGAAAUCACGUAGUAUUAUGAAAACAUUGUGACAAAAAUUGAUUAAAUUGUGCGAACAAUUAGUGAAUAAUAAAUGGAUAAUCAAUUAUUUCAAUGAUUAGUGUGAUAUUGUUAGUGGCGUUUAAUCGUCACAUGUAAGACUAAUUCAUAAUUACCGAGUGAAAAGCUACUUUGGUGAUCAACAAUGGCUGGAAACUUCUGGCACAGUUCACAUCAUCAACAAUGGCUAUUGGACAAACAAGACUUAAUUAGAGAACGACAAUACGAUUUAACUAUUUUGUCUGAAGAAGAAUACCAAAAAUUAUUUAUCUUUUUUGCAAAUUUAAUUCAAGUAUUAGGAGAACAAUUAAAAUUACGACAGCAAGUAAUUGCAACAGCAACAGUUUAUUUCAAACGUUUUUAUGCACGAAAUAGUUUAAAAUGCAUUGAUCCACUUCUUCUUGCACCAACUUCUGUAUUUUUAGCAUCUAAAGUUGAAGAAUUCGGUGUCAUUUCUAAUACUAGAUUAAUAUCGACUUGUCAAACAGUUAUUAAAAAUAAAUUCAAUUAUGCAUAUUCUCAAGAAUUCCCCUAUCGAACAAACCAUAUUUUGGAAUGCGAAUUUUAUCUGCUAGAACAUCUUGAUUGCUGUUUAAUUGUUUACCAGCCUUAUAGACCCCUUCUAACACUCAUUCAAGACGUCGGUCCUGAUGAUCAACUUCUUACACUCGCUUGGAGAAUUAUCAACGAUAGCUUGAGAACUGAUGUUUGUCUUCUCUAUCCACCUUAUCAAAUAGCUAUUGGAUGCUUACAAAUAGCAUGUGUAAUACUUCAAAAAGAUCUCAAAUCAUGGUUUGCUGAAUUGAAUGCUGAUAUGGAAAAAAUUCAAGAGAUUGCUCGUUAUAUUAUCAAUUUAUACGAAUUAUGGAAAACUUAUGAUGAGAAAAAAGAAAUUCAAACUUUACUAGCAAAAAUGCCGAAACCGAAAGCUGCACCACAACGCUGACAUGAGGGAGAAUUUGGUCUUUAUGAGUCUACAUAGAAUGGCAUUAAUAUCCAUAAUGAUCAAGUCUCGCUGUUAUCGAUAAACUAAUGAAAGUAAUCGAUAACAAAUUCUAAAUUAUUUUUCUAAAAAAUUAUUUAUUUUAAUUUCGAUUUAUAAUCGUUAAUCAUUGAUAAUAUUUUUAUUUGAUUUCAUCAUGAUAGAUUUCAGGCUAAUGAUUUACUUAUAAACUUUUAUAUAUAAUAAAUAAAAUUAUAUUGUCAUACAAAAAUUUUAUUGAAAAAAUUAUACCUAUAUUUACACUCAGAUAGGAAAAUUAUAAAAAAUUAAUUUCAACCCUUAGAGUAACGUUUCCAAAAUCUCUUGACGUCAUCAUGGCCAGCUUUUGUAACUACCAUUGUACGUUUUCUGUAAAAAGAAUUUUUAAUAAAUUGAUUUUAACAUUUUUAGAAUAA